UCAAAUAGUUGUCAACCAUGUAAGAAAUAAAAGGAAACUAAAAAUCGUAUUAUAAAAUUUCGUGUGUUUAGUACAAAAUUUAUUAAAAAUUAAUCGCAUUUUGGUUGUUUUCCGUAUGGUAUCGUUAAGAUGUCACCCGAGCAGACUGCCUGCGAAGGUACGAAAGGUGACCGAGUGAUGAAGUCUCACAUAACCUAUAAAUCAGAAAUAAUUGCAGAUUUAAAGGCUUUCGAACGCAGACUAACCGAGGUGAUAGCUUGUCUGCAACCGGCCACUUAUCGGUGGAGAAUACUGUUACUAGUUGUAUCCAUAUGUGUGGCCACCGGUGCCGGGCAAUGGAUUAUGGAUCCAAUGACUAGAAACGUUCCUUUAACUCAUUCACUAUCCAAUCAUCCAUUUUUCAUUGUAUCAACUAUAUUAUUAGGUAUAAUUUUUUUAAUGGGUGUACACAAACGUGUGAUUGCUGCGUCUAUAAUAACAUCUAGAACUCGGGAGGUCUUGUGUGAUUUUAAUAUGUCUUGUGACGACACAGGAAAGUUGAUAUUGAAACCAAGACCUAUGAAUGUUACGUGACAAUUGUAUAAUUUUGUAUAAAAAUUUUAGCGCUUUAGUUGAUAGGAUUAAAUAAACUAGACAAAUUUCUUUAUUAAUAUCUUUGAAUUAUGUACCUAUUAUAUUUUUAAGAAUAAACCCGUGUUAUAUCCGUUAUUAUUAUUAAUUUUAUUUUUCUAUUUUCAUGUCUUUAGUUUGAAUAGUUGUUAGAAUUAAAUAAGCUAAUAGACAACUUCUUUAUCUUUAUUUUAAAUAUCAAUAAUACUUUUAAAAAUAAACCUUUGUUAUAUUCGUUAGUACUAACUUUUAUAAUUUCUAUAUUUUAUUUUCAAUUGUUUCAAAGUUCAGUUAUGUCUCAAUUUUAAUAACAAUGAAUAAGAUUAUGACGAAAAAAGGUGCUUUUUGCUAUUUUUGAAUCAAACAAAGUUAUUUAAACGUUAUUGAAUGACUUUUUAAGAUUAUUUUAGCACUAGUCAAAUUGGUUGUUCAUUGUUUUUCAAAUCAGUUAAUUAAUUAAAAACACUACCAGCCUUUUAUACUCUUAAAUUUUUGUUUGCCAUAAAGUUUUUGAUGCAAUAAAUACCUCCUUUAACAUUUUUUAUAUUAAUUGAAAUUAUCCUUAAUUCUUGCAAUAAAUGUUGAUUAAUAUCAUUGCAGAGCUAAGCUAUGCAUUUAUUAUUCAGAGAAAAUAGGCAAUAACGUCUCUAAUUUUUUGUUAAAACAAUAUUUUAUUUGCAUCUACAUCGCCAGAGUAUUAAAUAUAAUAAAUGACGGAAUAUGUAAUAAGGCGGUUUAUCAGUAACUUGUAUUCGAAAUCUAUCUGGAAUUAUCAGAGAUUGUACGUUCACUAGUGAGUAAGUUUUCAUAAAAAUUAUUUCAAAAUGG